UGACGCGCGGAUGGGCGCCGUGGGCUGGAGCGAGGCGCGGGUUGCCGACGACUCCGACUUCCAGAACCUCAGGAGCCUCCUAGACUCGCGGGAUGGCUGGAACCUGGAGUACGAGCGGGACGGCGUCAAGGUCUGGACGGAGGACGCGGCGCACGGCGCGCUCCGGACCGUCAAGGUGGUGGCGGAGUUCUCCGACGUGGAGCCGGACGCGCUGUACGACGUGCUGCAUGACCCCGAGUACCGCUCCGUGUGGGACACCCACAUGCUGGCCGCCGAGGACGCCGGACACAUCAACGUCAACAACGACGUCGGGUACUACGCCAUGUCCUGUCCGGCGCCCCUCAAGAACCGCGACUUCGUGCUUCAGCGGUCGUGGCUGGACACCGGCGACGAGAAGAUGAUCCUCAACCACUCCGUCUACCACAAGGACUACCCGCCGCGGAAGGGCUUUGUUAGAGCGCUAUCGCUGCUCACGGGGUUCGUGGUCCGCACGCGGGACGGCCCCGGCAGCUGGCUGGGCUACGUCUCCCGUUCCGACCCACGCGGCGCCCUGCCUGCAUGGCUCGUCAACCGAGUGACAGCCCAACUGGCACCGCGAUUGGUCAACCAGCUGCAGGCGGCGACGAAGCGGUACCCAGGGUGGAAGGCGCUCACCGACACUCCCUACUACAAGCCCUGGAGGCACCCCGAACAGGUGCCCUCGUAUAGGAUAUCGCUGGAGGAUUGCGUCGACCCCGAUGCCCCGCCGCCACCCGCGGAACCGAAGCCAAACACGUCAAAAUCAAAAAUAUCCUUCCACCAUGAAAAGGAACCUGAAAACCACAGCGUAGAAGACCUCGGAGAUAUUUCGUCGGAAUUCAGCGUAGAGGUAGAAGAAUUAGCCGAUCUAAACAUCGAUCCAGCUAAGAAGAAAGGUAAAUUUUAUAGGCUGGUGAAAUCCAUGAAGAAUCGGCGGAAAAGUGUGCAGGUAGCUAAAAGCGCUGAUAACCUAGAUCUAGACGGUAAAGCAGUCGAGACUAAACCGGAACGAAAGAGAUCGUUUAAGUUUCACAGAAGAUUUAGCCUCAGUAGAGGAAGAGAAGAUUAAAUUGUAUGUAAUAUAAUAGUUUGUUUGAUUCGCUAUUGUCUAGUGUCUACAGGUGGAAGAGUUUGGUCUGUUUCGGUGUAUACCUCUAUGUAGAUUAUCAUAACUUUUGGUACUAUAAUCCAAUUUGAAAUCGUAGCUAAGGCUAAAAACGUUUUAUAAAAACCGAUUGUUGUUUAGAUUUCGUUAAGUUUAUGUGCUGAGUGGGUGCGAUCGUGUGGAAUAUUUUGACGAUAAUGAUGUACUAAAUGUUGAUGCUCAAAAGGGCGUAGUGAUAGUAAGGUUAUAU